UCACUCUCAGUUAACUACCAUCCCUAAAGGAAAUUAAAGUUUUUGUUUACCCGGAUUACCCGGAAUGCAAUAGAAGCCAAGAUACAAUGGCCAACGCAGUGGUGGUGCUUGACAACGGGGCGCACACGGCCAAAGUGGGUCUGGCCAACCAGGAUGAGCCUCAGGUGGUGCCAAACUGUAUAAUGAAGGCUAAGAGCGAGCGACGGCGGGCGUUUGUUGGAAACCAAAUUGACGAAUGUCGGGACACAUCUGCGCUGUUUUAUAUCCUGGCCUUCCAGCGCGGAUACCUUCUCAACUGGGACACGCAGAAGACCGUUUGGGAUUACAUAUUCAGCAAGGAAGGCAUCGGUUGUACUCUGGAAAACCGGCAAAUCGUGAUCACGGAGCCGCAGAUGAACUUCCACAGCGUCCAGGAGGCGAUGCUAGAGAUGCUAUUUGAGGAAUACCGUGUCUCCGGAAUGUACAAAACCACAGCCGCCGAUCUAGCCGCUUUCAACUACGUGGCAGACAGCGAGGAGCGCACUACGAUGCAGUCCCUCAACUGCAUCAUCAUAGACGUCGGCUACAGUUUCACACACAUCGUUCCCUUCGUCCUUGGCAGGCGUGUCCUCGAAGGCAUACGACGCAUCGAUAUGGGCGGCAAGGCUCUGACAAAUCACCUCAAGGAGCUGAUUUCCUACCGCCAUAUAAACGUUAUGGACGAAAGCCACGUUGUGAACCAAAUCAAGGAGGAUGUGUGCUUUGUGGCCGAGGACUUUAAGGAGGCAAUGCGUGUGCACUCGAGUGAAGAGAAGAGGCGCGAAUUGUCCCUCGAUUAUGUGCUGCCGGACUUCACCACCGUUAAGAGAGGAUAUGUGCGGAUACCAGGAAAGCCGCGCGAGGACGAGGACCAGCAGCAGAUGGUGCCUCUGUGCAACGAACGCUUCACUGUACCAGAACUCCUCUUCAAUCCCUCGGACAUAGGCGUCCCCCAGGUGGGCAUACCCGAGGCGGUGGCCGAUUGUUUAAAGGCAUGUCCCUGGCAGGCGCACCGCGAUCUGUUGCUCAAUAUUCUGAUUGUGGGCGGCAGUGCCCAGUUUCCUGGCUUUCUGCCGCGCUUGAAACGUGAUUUGAGGGCGUUAGUUCCCGACGAUCUGGAGGUUUCUCUGAUUUGCCCCGAGGAUCCUGUGCGGUAUGCCUGGUAUGGCGGCAAGGAGAUCGCCACGAGUCCCAAUUUCGAUGACUUUGUUUACACGCGGGAAGACUACGACGAGUACGGUGUGCACGGCAUCAAUCAGCGGUAAUCCUAAGUAUCCUUAACUAUUAAAACAGUAUCUCGUGUCUAGAA